ACUGAUGAUACUGAUCACUGAUCCGUGGUGUAACUUGACAGCUGACAGUUGACUGCAGGAGAAAAGACUACCUGAUAAGGAGACUAGCCUAUAAGGCUAACCCGUUAGCCUUACAAUCAUUGUCACAUUGUUAAUAUUCCGUCGGCGAACAAUGGUAACCCAGACCACUGAGCGUCGUGGUAAAAAUUGAAGUACUACAUUAUUCUGUAAACCGCAACUCUAACCCAAUUUGCACUAACCAGCAAUGGCGUAUUUAUUUCAACCGGAUUACGUGCGCUACGUGUGCUCAUGCGGUUCAGUAAAACCAGUAUCGAAAAUAUACUUCUGCCGUCACUGUCUGAAAGUACGUUGCGGCUACUGCGUUUGUCACGAGGUCGACUCGCACUACUGUUCAAACUGCAUGGAAAAUCUACCGUCUCCUGAGGUUCGGCUCAAGAAAAACAAGUGCUCUAACUGCUUCGAGUGUCCUUGCUGCUUUCAAACAUUGUCCACACGGGCUGCUCCUGCACCUGUGAGGGCAGGUGGAAACCAGAGUGCUGACGAUACCAAAUCCCUUGCCAAACCUGCUCCGAAAAAAGUUUAUUAUUUGUCCUGUUCAUUCUGUCGGUGGACAUCCAGAGACGCUGGAAUUCCUGAUCAGUUUGUAGCAACCGGAGGAUGGCCAGAGCAAGAGAAUCCACAUUCAGCACGCAUCGGAGCACUCCUAGAAUAUCACAAGAUUCUGGCAUCAAGAGAACGGCAGCAAAGCGAACGGAAGAAGUUUCAUCCAAAGCGUACUUAUAUGCAAUUUGAAAAAUUCGGAAUGUCAUCCGUCAUGGUCCGAAAACGUGCAGGUCUAUGCCCACUGCCACAGUCUCAGCAAAGUGACUAUCCGCAACCAGCUGUCGCUUCGGAAGAGGUUGAAGAACUUUCGCCAGACAUUUUCACCCAGCCGCUUGAUAUUACCAAGAUAACAACUCUGGAGCAACGUGUGAAACAUCCUGAUGUACAGGCUGAGGAAAUAAAUCAGCUGAGACCGCAGCACAAGCAGUUCUUGAUGAAACGUUCGCAGCGCUGCAGAGUCUGCGAACAUAACGUUUGCAAACCGGAGUUCAGUCCACAGUCAAUCAAAUUUAAGAUUCAGCUUGCUGCUUUCUAUCAUAUUCCUGAGGUACGCAUUGUAACUUGCGAACCAUUGCGUAUUGGCCAAACAAGCGAAUUACUGUUGAAACUUUGCAACCCAACUCAACAUCAGACCCAAAUUAUGUUAUUUCCACUUUCGACCUCGACUACGCCAACCACCGUUACUGCUACGGGUGUAAAGGAGGUUGAUCGUGAAAAUAUGCAGUUGGGUUGCGAAUCUCCAAAUCUUCUGCCGUCUUUGGUUCGUCAAAUAGCGGUGACUGAAGACCCAAAACCGCUGAAAAUAAGCCCACAGGCGGAAAUUAUUCUACCCGAAAGUAUGCUGAUACUUCCACCCAGAGAUGAUGCUGCAGAGUACGACGAUACUGGAGAUACACACAAUUUCCAAGAUGAUCCUAAACUGGUAGUGUGGAGAAAAGGGAACAAGGCAGUAAUCAGGCUUCACGUUAAACCCAAUGAGGAUGAGCCAAUUGAGGAAGGAAAGGAAAUAACAGUAGGAUUCGUUAUGCAAUACGGAUAUGUCAAUACUAUCGCAACUCUGGAACACAAAGAACCGCAAAAACUUGAUUUGAAGAUAAAACUAUUUCUAAGCAUUGGAAAACUAGUUGGCUCUACUUAACUGAACCUAAAAAUUAUUCUCCUUUGAAGGAGAGUCGCUUUAUAAAAACACUAUUGCCUUCACAUAACCAAUCUGCUGAAAAUUAUUUCAGCAAAUUGUGUAGAUAACUUUACCUACAGCCGCUAAAUAUAAUCUCCCGCACUCGGUCCGCUCAUUGUAUUUAAUAACUUGCUUAACUUAUCAAUUUAAUUCAACAAAUUUGAAUCAUAUAAAAAAAAUAAUGUAUUACAAUUUCAUACGUACUCACCAUACUUUACAG